ACGUGAAGUGGAGCAGCUGACGGACUUUCCUGUACAUUGUGUAUGUUUGGAGUUUGACCACGCAGAGCCAUCGGACAGGCAGAUUUUACAGAAGCGAAAAUGAAGAAUGACUUGGGAAACUGAAUAGCAAAGAAACUGAUAUAUUUCUCGAGGCCCUUUCCCUUGGAGGAUUUAAAAUAAACUGGUGUGUUCGUGGUAAAGCCAUGGAACCAUCACUGACCGGCAACCCAGCCACCCCAAGACUCAGCCCCUCAUCUCCCUCCACCCUGAGGCCAGGCCUUUCCUCUUCCAGCUCAUCUUCAACCACAACCGCACCAACUUCAGACCGCCCUAAGCCUAAACUAACCAUGCCAACACCUCCAACCACACCCUCAUCUUCUCCCUCCCCUCGGACUUCUCCAGGUCUCUCCUCCCGUUCUUCCUCCCUCUCCACGCCGCCUUCUUCCCCUCUCCACCAGCCCAUCAGGAGCCCCUCUCAGGUGGGCAGAUCUCAGCUUAAUGCAGCCUCUACAGGGAAUCCCCCAAGUGGAUCCACAGCUGGAGCUGCUGCCAGGGCUCCACAGCCUCCUCCCACACCUGAACCAGAAGAGCCAGAGGAGGAGGUCAGUUUUGAGGAUCUGGAGGAAAGCGCAAAGUCAGGAGAUGCUAAAGCACAGACCAAGAUGGGACGUUACUUCCUGGCACUGGCAGAAGAAAGGGAUGAGGAGCUGAACAACUGUACAGCGGUCACUUGGCUCAUCCAGGCUGCUAAACAAGGCCGCAAGGACGCUGUCAAACUGCUGCAGCAGUGCUUAGCCUCCAGGAAAGGCAUCACUCUGGAGAACUUUGAGGAGGUGAAGAAGUUGUGUACAGAGACGCGCUUUGAGAGAGGAGUUAGGAAAGCAGCUCUGCUAAUGUACUGGAAGUUGAACCCGGAGAGGAAGAAGUCAGUGGCUGUUUCUGAGAUGCUAGAGAACGUUGAACAUGUCCACACAGAGCCAGGCACACCAGUCUCACCGGGCCCACUAAACAGCUCUGCCAAGAAACAGAGGAGAGUCCUGGAGUCUAUGGUCACCAGUGAGGCCAGCUCACAUGUGGGUCUGGACGACUUUGUUGAGAUGACUAAGAAGUAUGCUCAGGGUAUUGCACCUUCACCAGUCAUGGCUGCAGCAGGAGAUAACGACGAAGACGAUGAUGAUGUAGUAGUGAAGAAUCCAGAUGAAUUGCCCUUACACCAAAAGCUGCUGAAGUUCCCUCUGUACGCUUUGCUGGAGAUCAAGGAGCACCUCAUCGACUGGGCGUCACGCGCUGGCAUGCAGUGGCUCAGCACCCUGAUCCCCAUGCACCACGUCAACGCACUUAUCUUCUUCUUUAUCAUCUCUAACCUCACAAUCGAGUUCUUCAUCUUCCUCAUCCCACUGCUGGUUUUCUACCUCUCAUUCUUCUCCAUGGUCAUCUGCACACUGCGGGUAUUUCAGAAUUCAAAAGCAUGGGAACAUUUUCGUGCCCUGACAGACCUGCUGGCUCACUUUGAACCUGGUAUUGAUCUGGAGCAGGCUGAGACCAACUUUGGAUGGACACACUUGGAGCCUUAUCUGUAUUUCCUGCUCUCAGUGGUCUUUGUGGUUUUCUCCUUCCCUGUUGCUGAUAAAUCCUGGAUCCCCUGCUCAGAGCUGGCUGCUGUCGCUUUCUUCUUCACCGUCACCGCCUUCCUCAGCCUUCAUGCCUCUGCUCAGCUCUUCGCUCGUAAAGCCCUCCUCACAGAGGUCCUCUCCGGAGCUUGUUCCCUCACUCACCUCCUGCCAGACUCCUUCUGGUUCCUCAGGGUCUUUGGGAUGACGUUCAUCACUGUGCCUCUAGGGGACAUUGUGGUGUUGAACCUGGGGAUGCCAUGUCUGCUAUAUGGACACCUUUUCUAUCUCUUCUUCCGUAUGGCCCAGCUGAGAGGCUUCAAGGGCACCUACCUGUGCCUGGUGCCCUACCUGGUUUGCUUCACCUGGUGUGAGCUCUGCUUGGUGCUCCUUAAUAACGCCACUGCAAUAGGACUCAUCCGCACCUGCGUUGGCUACUUCCUCUUCCUGUUCGCCCUUCCUAUACUCUCUCUGGGCCUGGCUGCAAUGCUCAUCAUCCAGUUACUGCAGUGGUUUCUCGCCCUGGAGCUGACCAAGAUGGUGGUCACACUGACAGUUUGCUUCGUGCCAGUAGUGUUGAGGCUUUGGACCCGCUUCAGCCUCAACCCCAUUGUGGUUUUUCGGUCUUUGUCACGGAGCAACAUUGUCAAGCUCAUCCUGGUGUGGCUCAGUGCGGUGGUGCUCUUCUGCUGGAUGUACGUCUACAGGUCUGAAGGCAUGAAGGUUUAUAACUCCACCCUGACGUGGCCCGAGUACAGCAACCUCUGCGGCCCUCUGGCCUGGAAAGAGUCCAACAUGGCCCAAACCCAGAUUCUAUGCUCUCAUCUCGAAGGACAUCGUGUCACCUGGACUGGACGCUUCAAAUACGUCCGUGUGACCGACAUUGAGAACGGGCCGCAUUCGGUUAUCAACCUGCUGCCUGUAUUUAUGGGGAACUGGAUGAGGUGCCUGUAUGGUGAGCCGUAUCCUUUGUGUGAGGAGGUGAAAAAUGUCACAGCUGAGCCCCAGCCCCAGCCUGCCCCGGCUCCUCCACCAGAAGAUCCCCUCUGCAAACUUAAAAAACUAGCCAAGCACGAAUGCCACAUCAAACGCUUUGAUCACUACAAAUUCGAAGUCACGAUGGGCAUGCCGCUGGAGAGGAAGACCCGGAACGGGACGAUCAUAGAGGACGAAGACGCGACUAAGGACAUAGUUCUGCGGGCUAGUAAUGAGUUCAAGUCUGUGCUUUUACACUUAAAAACAGGAAGCCUGGUGGAGUUUAGCACCAUACUGGAGGGUCGUUUAGGCUCCAAAUGGCCCGUGUUUGAACUGAAAGCCAUUCACUGCAUGUCGUGCGCCAAUGCCCGCGUGCCCAGCAGCAGGCAGUACAAGAUUGAACACGACUGGAGGCGCACAGCUCAGUAUGCCCUGCAGUUUGGUUUUGACUUCUUCUUCCACCCCUUCCUGACCGUUCAGCUAGAGCAACACUCAGAGAGUGAAACAGAGACUGUGACCCAGGAGGGGGGGUAGAGGGAGAGAGAUCUGGCAAACACACCUCUGGGAGAAAUAAGAUGUAAGAUAAUGAUAAUACUAUCUUCAGUACAGAACAUUAAUGAUUAUAAAGCACUGUUCUGAACAGAAUGUAAUUGCAAUACUGGCGAUUAUUUAGUUCUGUAAGAGGGUGGACAGAUACUCAGAGUGUGUGUUUGCAUUCUUAUAACGUUUGAGCCAAAAUGUGCGAGUGUGAGAAUAUAUAAUAUAAUGAAAUUAAAUGUACAAUUUUUAAGGCGAGAAACACAAAUGAAUGAGGUUUUUAGAAUAAGUAAUUUACUGCCUAACACUAAAGAAAACCAUGAAAUAAAGCUCAGUUGUGGUCAGUUGUGCAUUUCAUCCAGUUUAAGCUAUACUUCUCAUCACAGUGAGUCUGCUAAUGAAUUUCGAUUGUUUGUUCGUCGUACAAACACUGUCUGCUGCACCCAUUUUUAUGUUUAUCAAAUAUUUGUGGCCAAAAUCAUCAGUAUUUACAUUUUACAGUUUCCUUGUUGAACUGUACUCUGGUUGUUGUGUCUGUGGCCUACACAUUUUAGAAGAAAAAGUUUCUUUUUUUUAAACAAAAGGUUGUAAUGCUGAUGAUAACUCAUAAGGGUUUCUCCUCAUUUAACAUUAUACAGUAUAUGUCCAGUAUGCCAUUUUGAAAUGGUUGGUAUUGGAAAUUAUUGGAAGUGCCUUUAUAAGACUCUUAGUCUCAAUUCAAAAAUAAUUUGGAAGAAAAUAGACAAAAUCAUGUCUUUAAUCCUUAACCCUUAAAAAGCUCAGCUGCACCUGCGCUUGUAUUUAUUAUAGAGCAGUUUAUUUUAUCAGAAGUUUAUCUCUGCCUCCUCUGUUCUCAUGUUUCUUGCCGUUUCUCCUUUCUCCUCCCUUAUUUGUCUCCAUCUCUGCUGUGCAGAGACUUAAUAUAUAUUCGGUCCCAGAUUGAUGAUGUGUUUUAAGUUAGGAUGUCGCUACUGUUUUCUAUACUGUGACCCAUAAACAUAAUGAAAACA